GGAGAACACCGGGAGUCUGAUUGGCUUUCUGCUCGUUGCUGGAGAGCCCCGAUGUCCCAGGUAGCUUGGUAUAGUGCCCUCGACAAUGAGGGGCAGGUUAUGGUGAAGCUCGACACGGAUGUCAGCCAACACAUCACGGUCGCACAGACAGCCUCACACACGAAAGAGGGAAAGAGAUCUACCUGGCCAACACACCACAUGCGUCCGUGUGCUGUGUUUUCAUCUGCACUCCAUCCAGAUGUGCCAGCGUGUGGGCAAGAAAUUUGACGACGAGUUCUUGCCUGCGGAGCAGUCCAUCGCCAAGCACAAAACGGGCGCAGCCAUCCCCUCAGCCAAAGAAUGGAGGCGAUUCUCAGAUAUGUUCUCAGGUCACACGGGGAAAGACCCCCCCCCCCCACACACACACACACACAGAGAGAGAGAGAGAGAGGGAGAGGGGGGGACCAAUGCUGCGUGUUGGGUCUGCCUGUGCACAGGUGCGAGUCUGUUCAGUCCAGCGAGCAAGACCGAGUACAGCCGGAUCUACCAGGGACACCUGGGGGACUUCUACUUCAUCGCAGCCCUCGAGACGGUGGCCCUGCGUGAGUCGCUCAUCCAGGCGCUGUUUGUGCGGCAUAGCGAGGAGCACGGCAUCUACGGCACGAGGUGGUACAAGAACGGCCAGUGGGUGCCCAUUAUUGUCGACGACUACGUGCCCGUCGGACUAGACGACAACCUGCUAUUCUGUCAGUGACAGAGAGGGGUGCGGGGAGAAUGGGGACGGAUGGGUGUGGAUGAUGUGUGUGGCUUGUCGUGCCUUUGUCUGCACUGCAGGCCGUGAUGGCAAUCCCAACGUCAUGUGGUGAGUGAGUGAGUGUGGGGGCAAUGGAUGGCCACGGCCAAGCGGGACUCCCACCAGUCAUGUUUGUUCCUUCCUGUGGUGUGUGUGUGUGGUAUGUGUGUGGCAGGCCGUCGUUGCUGGAGAAGGCGUAUGCGAAGCUGCACACGUCGUAUGAGGCCAUAGGGGACGGCGGCUCGAUAGAAGAGGCACUCAUGGACCUCACAGGUACACAUCCAUCCAUCCAUCCACAUGCUGACGUGUGAUGGGUGUGGUGUGUGCAGGUGGCGUGACGGGUAGGUUUGAGGUAGAGGGCGUUGCAGCUGACCGACUGUGGGUCUACAUAUUCGAAAGACAGGUGAGGUGCAUUGCAUACUCACGCCACACACAACCUCACACACACACAACCACGCCAAUGAGUGGCCUCCCUCCCCGCCUGUGGUGUGGUGUGUGUCAAUCAAUCAACAGGAGAGUUUCCUGUUCACGUGUCUGGUGGAUGCCCGCGAGGUGGCGCGGCGUGGGGUGUCGCUGGUGUGUUCGUGCUCAUACGCCAUCAACAGGGCGGUGCAGCACGAGGGCAUCUGCUACUACCAACUCAAGUGCAGCGGCAUCUACCACACUGGACCAUUCGACGUAGGAGAGAGAGAGAGAGGGAGAGAGGGGCCCACCGCGGAAAUGGAUGGAUGGGUGCUUUGGUGUGCAGGCGGUGGUUCCGUAUAGUUUGAUAACGUCUGUGGCUGAGAAUGCCGCUCGUGGCGGUUUCUUCUGGAUCACUAUGGAGGACUUCCACCUCUACUUCAAGACCAUAGUCGAGUGCAGACUCGUUACACAGCCUGGCAUCGGCACCGUACGCACACAAACACCACUGCGUUGCCUACAUACCCACACACACAGACAUUGCUAUGAUGUCUAUAUGUCCUGUGUGUCACCAGGUUCCGUCCAAGGCGAUUUACAGUUCGACGCUGAUGGCUUUCCAGGGAGAGGUGACGCAGGGCGCAUGCCCCGAAUUCAGAAUCAAUGUCGAGAAGUAAGCAAAGCUUUGGGCAGAGAGAUUUGUCGUGGCUGUGUGCCCGCUGCGCCCCAUUGUUGUGUGUGUAUGUGUGUGUGUGUGUGUGUGCAGGGUGCCGUGUCAGGUGGUGCUGGUGGUGUCGCAGGUGGACCAGCGCAUGGCAAACCACAAGAGAUCCAAGCAGGCAUCAAUGCUGGUCAGUGGACAGGCAGGGGAGAGAGGGACAGAGGGACAGAGGGAGUCAUCACACCAUCAGAAUCGCCACACAGUCACACACGCAUUCACGUACCUGUGCAUCCAUCAGCUGACUCUCUCGCGUGUGUUGUGUGUGUAUGUGUGUGUGUGUGUGUGUGUGUCAGGUUCGUUUGUACGAGCGUGUUGGCCCCGACACAUGGUCGCUGAUAUGCAAGUCCAACUGGAUGCCACUCCGGGACUCGGCAGUAGCAUUUGAGGCCGUAAGCAACCAACCAUCACACAUAACACAUACAUCCACAGCGGCUUGCCCUGUCGGUCUGUCUGUGUGUGUCGGUAUGGUUGGUGCAGAAGCGUGUGGGUGAGUAUAUGGCGUUGUGCACUCUGCCGGUGAACCGUUUCUACGGCGUCACGAGGGUCCACCGGCUGAUCCUGCGGGUCUACUCGACCGAGAAGAGCAUCAGCGUCAAGGCACUCACACUCACCGCCAAAACACACAAAUGGGUCGUGCCACAAGGUAGGUACCUAACCUGCCCCCCACACACACGCAUCCACAAUCACACGCCUUCGCCUGUUAUGCGUGUGUGUCGUGUGUGUCUGCAGGCGAGUUGGGAGCGGUGCCAGCGUCGUUUGUCGGCUACGGCGGAGGAGUUGGUAGGCGAUCCAAUACCCAAACAAACACAAGCACACAGACGCCACGCCCAUCGUGGCGUGCGUCUAUGUGUGGCUGUCUGUGUAUGUAUGUCUGGUCAGACAUGGAUAGCGGCGAGCCGGGUCCUUUGGAUGUGGACCCUGACGAGGGCGUGGGGGUGUACCACUCGCCGCCGGCCAAGGGGCCCCUGCUGAGGGCAGACAAGCGGGACUGGUGCAACCCUGGCAACUGCUGUGUACAGUGACUGACGGACGGACGGACGGAUUAUGACUGACAGAGGGGCACGGCACACAGACUGACCGAUAGAUGGAGGUGGGUGGGUGCGUAGGGUGGUUCCACCACCCACCACGGAGGCUGUGGGGGUGUGAAUAGAGGGAGGGCAGGGCAGGGGAGGGAAAGGGUGUUGCUCGACUCGCCACUUGACUGACAGGUGCAUACGUCCAUACAUACACACUGGAUGUACCUCUCUAACUAUCUGGCGUACUGAUGGGUGGGUGGCCUGGCUCUUGAGACGGAUGUCCACAGACGGCCGGCAUGCUGGACGGACAUGUGUGUGAGACUCCUUGUUCGUUCGCUGGCUGGGCUGCCUCAAACAUAAAUCCUUCC